AAAGCGCGCGCACACACGCCACGCAGGGAGCGUGUCACGGUAGCGCCAAGACAAGCCACAACUCUCCCAAAUAGAUCGAUCGCUUUUAAAGGUGGUGGGUGGGUUGGUUUUUUUUUUUAAUGCGAAAAUGGGUACGAGAGGCGCGCUGCGGUGGACGGUUUUCACGCUCUUUUGCAACUUUUUCACGCACGGCUUCCCUCCACCACCUUCUUACGACCCCUUCCACGCCGGAGUGGUGCACAGACACACAAACAGGAACCGGUGCGCCUACGUGGUGCACAAGAACAUCAGCUGCGCCGUGCGGGGCGGCGUGGAGAGCUUCCAGGAGCCGGUGGCGGCGCCCUGCCCGCCCUACGUCACCAACUGCCCCCAUCAAGUCACAUACAAAACCCGCUUCCGCCCCACCUACAAGAUGGCCCACAAGAAAGUCACGGAGUUGGAGUGGCGGUGCUGUCCGGGCUACCAAGGACCUGGCUGCACGGACUUAAAACCCACGCCGCAACAUCACAUCCCGGUACAAGGAACCCAGCCCUACGGCCCUUCGAGUAGCGGAUACUCCAACAGACACACGCAGAGGGCCGAGCGCAGAGAGACGGGCCAUCGCGAGACCGACGACAAGGUGCGCCUUCUGGAAGGCCAAGUUGAGCGCCUCUCCCGGACGGUCCUGGACCUGCAGUCGGCCUUAAAGGGGCUCGGCGCCGACCUCCGCGCCGACCUGCGGGAGGACACCGAGACCAUGUUGAUGACCCUCUUCAACAACAUGCGGCCUCCCGACGGCGCGGCGGUGCCCGGCCCCGAGGACGGUCCCGCCGUGCUGGACGGCCACCAGGCGUCCAGGGGCGGCCUGGCCGGAGACCGGGUCUUGGGAAAAAUCGAAGGCCGCUUAGACGACAUCGACGACAUCCUCAAAAGCAAGGAGGAGUUGCUGGAAGACCUGCGAGGGUCCGUGACGAGCCACGAGGGCCAGAUUCGCGUCCUGAUGGACGCCUCGCAAUCGCAGGCUCCGGCCGUGAUGGAGCUCGACGUCGUGCAGGGCUACAUCGACGGAAAAGUCGAAAAGCUGAAGGACCAACUGGAGCGGACGACGAGGGAACGAGCGGACGAGAUCCUAGCGGCGUGCGAUAGCAAGAUCCGGACCUCGCAGAAGACCCGCGAGGACGGCCGCGACAAAGCGGCGGACAACAAGGAGGCCGACCUCAGGGAAGAGAUUCGGGCGCCGCGGGCGGACAUGACGGUCGCGGACGGGCCGUCGCGAACUCAGCGGCAGACGGACCCCGCGAAGAAGCAGGAGGACCGCAAAGAUGUGUGGCUCGCCAUCGAGCGCAUCAAAGAGGCUUACCGCGUUUUGAACGCUCGCAUCGACAACGAGCUCAUACGCUUGUCCGAGCCUCGGGAGGACGCCGACCGCUCGGCCCCGCUGAUGGAGGAACUGGAGGCCCGCUUGAACGUCACCGAGCAAAACGCGGAGAUUCACUGCUUCUACGUUGAAGAGAAGCUGACGCGGAUCAUCGCCGAAGAGGCGGCGUCGCUCAGGCAAGUUGUGGACGAGCGUCUCGACGCCAUGGAGGACCAGUUCACCGGCAUGCUGGUGGAAAUGAGCAACAACUCCUUCCCGGGCGCGUACGGAGACUCCGUGGAUGCCGUGCGGGCGCAGGUCGACAACAAUAAGUUCCUCCUCCGGGGUUUGGACGACAAGAUCAACGCCGUCGGCGAGUUGUGCUCGGCGGGGUGCUCGGGCUCGGAAACUACCGUCGCCGAGGGAAGUUCCUCGCCCUCGCCCGAGGGUCCGGAUAUCAUUCGGAAGGAUCCGCGUCGCCACGGCGACGACUUGGACGCCCUACGCGCGGACGUCGGCGCGAAUACGGACGAGCUCCGGCGCUUGCUGGAAACCGUCCAAAGAGAAUCGGCCGGCAACGCCGGACGUUCCGAGAGCGCGGAGCGCUUCCGGAAGGAGUUGUCCGACACCCGAGACCGCGUCGCGGGCCUGGCCGGCGCCGUCGCCGGACUGAGCGACUCCUUGAGCGAGCACGAGCGGGACCUGGAGGGCGGACUGGGCGGGACCAACGCCACCUGCGGACGGCACGCCGCGGACAUCGCCGAACUGCGCGACUCCUUGCGGCGCUUCCAGGCCCGGCUGUCGGCCGUGGCCAGACAGGUGUCCAAAGAGGUCGCCGCCAGGGAUCCGGGAGUCCUCCUCAGACCCGAGCCGCCGGCACCCCCGCCGGACCCCGGCAGGGAAGCGGGCGCCGUCAAACCGCGAUGCGUCUCAAUGGCAUCGGAGCAUUCGUGA